CCAGAAACAAGGCUAGAUUCUCAGUCCAUAGAGAGGAUUAAGAUUAAAAACAACGACUAUUUUGGAAUAUGUAUUAGAUUAUAAAGCUAGUGUUGAAAUGCUGUUUCAAAGUAUGUUUCAAGAUGUAGAACAAGCCGGCAUCUGUACCGAACCAGCCACAUCCCACAUGCCCUACCGUGUCCGUCUCCGCACCUGCCAGAGAUCCCACAGGGACCAUCUGGAAGCUGCAGGUCACGAGUGUAUUUUGAGAGACGCCUUUGACUUUGAAAGCCCAUCCGAAAUCGCAAACUUCAUCAAGGCUGAGAGCUUGGAGGCGGCCCUGGCUCUUCAUCUCUACAGAGGAGGGAGGCUCUUGCGAGGUCAUGGAAUUCCAUUUGGAGUCAUCUUUGGUGGAACUGAUUUAAACGAAGAUGUUAACCAGGGAGAAAAAAACAAAGUGAUGGGGAAAGUCCUUGAGGAAGCCAGGUUCGCUGUCGCUUUCACGGAGUCGAUGAAGGAAACGGCGCAGACGCAGUGGCCGCAUGCUAAGGGUAAGAUCUUUGUCCAAAGUCAAGGAAUUUCAACAGUGCCGAACGCCGCCUUUAACUGGAACAGCUUCCUUCGGCGUUCAGAGAUAAACCAAAGUGCCGAUCACCUGCACGUGUUUCUCCUGAUCUGCGGACUGAGGCGCGUCAAAGACCCGCUCUACCUGGUGGACGCGUUCUCGGAAUGGCAUCAAGAAGAGCCCAGCGUUUACAUGAUGAUCGUAGGUCCGGAAGUUGACCCAGUGUUCACCAGGGAAGUGGAAGCCAAAGUGAAGAGGACCCCUGGGGUUCGGCUGAUGGGAGAGAUGGCUCAGGAGGACCUGCACGCGGUUGUGAAGAACUGCUUCGCGGUGGUGAACAGCUCCGUGUCUGAGGGCAUGUCCGCCGCGAUUCUGGAGGCAAUGGAUCUGGAAGUCCCGGUGCUGGCGCGGAACAUCCCCGGGAACGCGGCCGUGGUGACACACGAGGUCACAGGACUGCUGUUCUCGGACCCGCAGGAACUCAUGUCCUGUUUGAUUCCUGCCAUUCCUGGAGCUUGCUGGUUCAAGAAAUGCAGGACGUGGAGUUAACGUGACCGGAAGGCAUGCUUGGUGGCUAUGGUCUGCAGGAGAAAGAGUUGUGUCCACCAGGCAUCGGGCGGGCAUGAGGACAUUCACAUGCACAAGGACAGUGGCCACCAGCCAAGGUCCAGCUCACAAAAACUCAUGCAGGUGGCGUGUGGGAGCCGACUGUGGGUUUUGGGGGAUGUGGCAGCCGCGGUGGCCUCGGCAGGAGAAUUCCGAUUGGGAGCCUUUGCAGCAGCUGGAGUGGCCUUCGCCCCUGAGCUCUGCCCAGUGGUGUCCCUCUCUACACCCUUCUUCCCACGGCCUCGCUGAAGUCGGCUUUCCUUGGGUGAUGCUGCCUGUGAGCGUCGCGUUCACGCCUCCUCCCAGAGCACGACCAGAGGGACUUAAUUGCAGACUCAUUUUCGGGUUUUUCUCUUUCCCUCUGACGUCCUGCCGCUGGCAUCCCUGUUCCGUGCUCAUCUCCUGGGCCGCCCUCUUCUCCUAGAGCUUCCCCUCACUCUCCUCCCUCUCCUCCCUGAUGCCUUCCUCUCCCCUGCCUCUGAAGCACGCUGUAGUAGCAAGAGCGGUUUUCUGCCAGCUUGUCUGUUUGAAAUGGUGCCCUGAUAGGAAUCUGGGAAGCAAGAGAGUGAGAAACACAAGCGAACAUUCACCAGCCUCGCUUCCAGCUUAACCAACCGUCCCCAGAGCUCACCGAUCCGUGCGGUGGCUUUGUGGGUUUUGCUCCAUCGCCCUGGGAAGCUGUUGAGCCCGGAGGAGAAGGACCUGGGCUCUGGGGCUGCCUGAGUUUAAUUCCCAUUUCUGCCACUUUCUCCUGUGUGACGUCGGGCAGGUUCCUGGACCUCUCUGUGCCCCCGUUUGUGUCUCUCUGUGAAAGGAGUCAUAGUGAUCGCAAGAGUCCUAGUCCCUUUCUUGCAAUUCUGAAAUCGAAGAAAAGCACUUGAAAAGCAGUUUUAUUUUUAGUAAGUUGGGCGCCAAAACUCAGCUGGCAGCAAACUCGUCUCUCAGCUGGAUGUGGCGCUCUGUGGCUUUGUCUGCCCUGCUGAGCGAGACUGUUCGUCUGUCUGAUUCCAAAAUUCUGAUGUGUCGUCUAUGGGGCGCUGCCUCAGGAGGGCCUAUGUUAGUAGAAGUGUACAUAAACCACAUUAUUUGAAACACGAUCUGUUACCUGGUGGCAAGCUCUUGAUAAGUGUGGGCUGUGGUUAUUAUUAAAUUCGGCAGAUUCUGGCCCCCAUGGGAGGCUCUUGGCCAGAGACCCAGGUGUCAUGUUGAGAAGUUAAAGGACAGGGGACCCCUCAUGGAGGCUGUCUCCUUGACUCAGACAGGGGCGGGAGGGAGUUGAGAGGGAGUUCACUUUGUCACCAAGUGGUCCGUGCUCAUUCACCGCCCUUUUCCUGCUCCCUCGCAUGUGCCCCCCGAGAACUGUGGUCUAGAACACACGCCAGAGCGUCCAGGGCUCCACCCCAUCACCCCUGGGUCUCGCUGGCUCUGGGGAUGAGACACGAGCCAGACACGAGCUCAGGAAUUGUCCUACAAAAGGGCCGGAGCUCACGGAGUGUGCGAACAGGACCCACUGCUAGAUUGUGCAGUGACCAGUCCUGGACCAGACCACUGGGAAGCAGACAGACCAGACUUCCAGCUACCGCUGUUCUCGGCCACAGCCAUGGCCACGGUCAGGGGCGAGCCCCGCCCACCUUCUCUGGCUCUGCUUGGAGCCGUCGGUGUGGACGGGGAUUGUCUCCUGAGCGGUUGCUUCUAAACCCACCCAGGUUGGCUUCUCCUGCCCCAACAGCUGCGCGUGGGCCUGCUCACUGUUUCUGCUGUUUGUUUUCGAGUGAGCCCGUCUUUCGCCAUCACGUUGUCUUGUGAACACGCGGCAGCCUCCCCCACACCAAUUGGUUAUUAUUGCCGCUGCAAAUUUAAAAGAUGGGUCAAACGCUCCGGCUGAGUCGUGCCGAGACUGUACGUUCUUCUGCGGGGUCCCCACGACGUCGCCGCCAUGCACACCGGCCUGUGGGAUGCCAUGUGGCCGUGUUUCCAUACGCAGCGUUGUGAACCGUGGCAUCUGGAUAGGACUUGAAACUUGACCCUGAAUGGGGUUGUGUGCGAGAUGAAUAGGACAGACACGUGUCUGUCACUUCUGCAGAUGGACCUCGGAGCAAGAUUCUCACAACUUACAGUUUUCAGUGAGAUGCAGUUUUUCUGUGGCCAAAUAAUCAGGUAGGCACGGUGGUCCGUCUUAGACCAGAGCUUCCCAUGGUCUGACCCCCCCAGAACCACCUGCUGGAAGACACACAGGCGGCGUGGACUGACAGUGCCUCCACCCACCCCGCAAAUUCCCACGUCGCAGCUCAAGCCUCUGGUGUGAUGGUGUUAGGCGGUGGGGCCCCGAAGUCUGUUCGCCCUGGAGGUGGGGCCCUCACGAGUGGGACUGAAGCCUGAAUAAAAGGGACCCCACAAAGCUCCCCUGUUCCUUCCGCCCUGUGAGAUUAUCGUGAAAAGAUGACCUUCCGUGACGCCAGGAAGCGGGUCCUCACCAGACACGGAAUCUGCCGGCACCUUGACCGUGGACUUCCAGCCUCCGGGAACUCGGGCCCCUUUAGGUGGUGGCCUCAGGGCUCCGAGAGGCUGCAGAGCAGGAGACCUUCUGAAGCUUUGCUUGGAGGCCCAGCUACAUCACUUCUAACCUCUUCUGCGGGUCAAAGCAGGUUCCAGGACCAGCCCCGACUCAGGAGCUGGGGAAGUAGACCCCCUUCCCCCUUCAUGGGAGGGGUGGGCAAGUCCUGCGGCAAGGAGACAGGCCUGGGAGCGGGGAGGGGCUGCGGUGCCGUCUGUGCACACACGGCGGUCUGUGUCAGCACGCUUCCCUCCCUGUCCCCGGCGUGUGCUCAGAGCUGCCGUGGCUGUCGUGUAGGCGCUGUGUGAGCCCAGGAGCCUAGGGGAGGGGCCCUGACAAUUCAAGGGUGAGGCUGUCCUUUCUGUUUUCUUUAUUUUCUUUCAGUCCCUCACCCCAGGGCUGUAUGCCGACAGCCACGAUGCGCCUUACACCUCACGCAGAUGUCGCUUGCUUUAUCUAAGUCUGUGGUUUUUGCUCCGUCUUCCAUGUAGGCAGAGAAGCAAGAAGUACAUUUUGUCACACUCUGUUCCUAGAAACCCUGUCAUCCAGGAUUCUGUUCUAAGACGGUCGGUCGUGCAUUCUGCAGGGACCUAAGCCGGGGGGUUGGGUUGUAGCCGAAGUCCGCGUCAGAUAAAUCAAAGAUACGGCCAGCGUCCGAAAAUAACGUGCCACAGCUCCGCGUCUCUCGGAUAAUUUUAAUAAGAAGGUGGCUCUCCUGUGAGGUGGGAAUAAAUAUGUUUUUAUUAUAAAUGGAACACCAGUUUGCUGUAGUGUAUACGUAAUACAUAAAAAUAUAAUUCCACUUUGUCAUAAACAUUGCUGUUUAUGUUGCUAGCUGUAAAAAUCACCCAACGUUUAACUAACAAUAACUUUGAGGCUACACGGACGUUCCUUUUAAACAGCAAAACACCGUGUGUUAGUCCCGGGCACCGCUGCUGUGGAAUGUGCACGGGGUGUGGAAGCAGGGUGGUGGCGAGAACUAGGCCCGUGCUGGGCCGUGCCCUGACGUCUCUGUGUUAGCUCGGUGCAUCCGCUCAGCACUCCGCGAAGCAGGUCCUGUUAUUGUCCCUAAUUUGAAGAUGAGGAAACGGAGGCUCAGGGAGGUUACGAAACGGACCCAGCAUCACUCCCGCGAGGGGUGGGAUGUGAAUUUAAAUGCGGGCGUCCCGGCUGGUGAACCCUGCUUUGACUUACAUGCAAGCAUGGUAAAUAGUGCACGUUCCCCUCCUCCCUCUGAACACCCUCUAACAAUGAAAAUAAUUCUCAUCAAUCAAUAUUGAGCAAGGCAGACAGAAGAAAAGUCUAGAAAGUCAAGGCCAGACAGGCGAUCCCCUCCCCUCCCUCGCCCGUGGAGUCAGGGGCAGCGCUGGGCUCACCCCUCGGCGCCCACUGCCCCUUUGGAGACGAGCAGUGUGGGGCUUGGAGAGGUCAACCAGCUUGCCCAGGGCCACGGGGGUUGUGUUGUCUCGAGGAUGGGGGCUCAGAUCCUGCAGUCAGACACUUGUGUCUGUCUCAGCUGAUACUUGGAAACGGGGAGAAAUUGUGCAUCUCAGGGUCACCAGAAGGGCUCUUAGUCCCUGUGAGGAGCCGCGGGUUUGGCCGUCCAGGGCAGAGGGCGGGAGGGGGCGUGAUCGCUGACUCUCGUGUUUUGCUCACACGUUCACCCCGGCACAUGCGUAAUUGUUUACUCAGUCCCAGGGUUCGCAUUAACUCCCAUCUCUCCCAAAGGCCAUUUUCUCCUGAAUCAGGGAGGUGGACCAAGGAAGGACACGGGCUUCCGGCUGUGCUUGCCAUCCCCCUUCGCCCCUUUGCUCACCUCCAUCUCUCCUCCAUCUCCUUC